AUGUCAUAUUCUGUUCAACACAAAGUCCAGUUAGCAGCAGAAGCUGCACGUCUUGCACAACUUUUAGAAGACCAAGAAAGAGAACUCGAUUUAUGGAAAGAUGUUUAUAACAAAUUACUCGAGAAAAUAACAAAUGUUAAGGAUGAUAUAACCAAUGCUGUGAAAGAAAAUCUACCUAAUAUCUUAAAUGAUACACUCAGAGAAGCUAAAAUUGGUGAUAAUAUUAAACAAACAAUAAUUGACGAAACAACAAAAAUUAUUAAUGAAAUUGAUAAAAAUCCUGAAUAUGAUGAUUUACAAAAACAAAUUGACGAAUUGAAAAAUACUAAAAGAACAGGAUAA